GCAUGUCCAUGUUAGCAGCGGUGGGACACAAGGAGGAGGAGGAAGAAGCCACGAAGGACCACACGACACUUUUAGCGAGAAAACUCACAAUGACGCGCUUAAAAAGAGUCGUAUCGCCGGGACGCCAUGAAAGACUCGUGAAGAAGUAACGUGGUGACUUUUCUUCUCCGACCCGAGCUCAACUUUGUCCAACAUGCAGAAUGUUUCAUCUCCCGAUGUCCCCGCAGCCUCCUCGCAGCAUCAGUGCGGAUCAGCUGACUUCUUGUCUUCUCCUCGCCUGCUAAAGAAGGGACAAUGUCACGAGAAGGCCGCCAUCAAGCCGCGUCACCAGACCACCACCUCGCCCAGACCUCCUGCUGCGCAGAAACCUCAAGUGCCCCCUAAACCUGCACACCUGCUGGCUCUGGGGCAGGACAAGAAGCCCAAGAGGAUCCCUCCAGCGCCCUGCAGGCCUCUGCCGGCUCCGCCUCCUCCACCCAAACCCAAGUCGGGCGCCGCCAGGGAGGUGCAGAAGGUGGGGCUGCUCAUCGAGCGCUUUGAAAACUCCAGGGUGCCCAUCUUGGGGGUGGUCCCCCGCUCCCAGCUGCACCUGAGUCUUAGGAUGGACCCUGCGUCCGACGCCACUCCCUGCUGUGAGCAGGACGUGGUUGAAGACAAACUCCCAGCAUGCAUCUCCGCAGACCUGGCGUCCGUGCACGGCGACGCCCCCGACGAUACCCCGCCGGAUGUGGAGGUGGACAUCACGCACGGUUGCCUUGACGACGACGCCUCGCCCCGGGAACUCUCGGACCGUCCCGACUCUUCGGAGCAGAUGAAGAUUCCCAACCGGGACAGCGGCAUCGACAGUCCGUCGUGCGCCGCGGAAGGGGAGGCCUUCCCCAACGAGGACGCCAUUGACGAGGAGGAGCGUUACGACAGCGUGACGGAAACGGAGAGCGUGUCCUGUUGCGUCGCCCCGGGCAACAAGCGCGACUCCACGCAGGACGAGGACAGCGACCUGGACGAGGGCAGCGGCGGAGAGGCGGGCUCGCUCUCGGAGGCGCCGGCCGGGUAUCUGGCGGAUGCGCACAAAUGCUCCGAGGCCCAGAGGCUGCUGAACAUCGCCAAAGAACUCCUGCACACUGAAGAGGCGUACGUGAAAAGGCUCAACCUCCUGGACCAGGAGUUUUGCACUAAGCUGACAGAAGCUGGAAUCCCUCAGGACGUGAUUACGGGAAUCUUCUCCAACAUCUCCUCCAUCUACUGCUUCCACCACAAGUUCCUGCUGCCCGAGCUCAAGACACGCAUCACUGGAGAAUGGAAGUCCAACCCUCGUAUCGGCGACAUCCUGCAGAAACUUGCACCCUUCAUGAAAAUGUACGGCGAGUACGUGAAGAACUUUGACCGAGCGAUGGACCUUGUCAACACCUGGACUCAGCGCUCCUCCCAGUUCAAGAGUGUUGUGCAGAACAUACAGAAAGAGGACGUGUGUGGGAACCUGACCUUGCAGCACCACAUGCUAGAACCGGUCCAGAGGAUCCCGCGUUACGAACUCUUGCUGAAAGACUACCUGAAGAAGCUGCCGGACGACGCCCUCGACCGCAAAGACACGGAAAAAGCGUUGGAGUUAAUUUCCACAGCAGCAAAUCAUUCCAACGCAGCCAUCAAGAAGAUGGAGAAGAUGCACAAGCUGCUGGAGGUGUACGAGCGUCUGGGAGGCGAGGAGGACAUCGUCAAUCCUGCCAACGAGCUCAUCAAGGAAGGUCACAUCAAGAAGAUGUCGGCCAAGAACGGAACAGCACAAGACCGAUACCUCUACUUGUUCAACAACAUGCUGCUCUACUGUGUGCCGAAACUGCGACUGAUGGGACAGAAGUUCAGCGUCAGGGAGAGGAUUGACAUCGCUGGCAUGGAGGUGCAGGAGAACGUGAAGCAGAAUCUUCCUCACACCUUUGCAAUUAUUGGCAAGCAGCGUUCACUGGAACUUCAAGCCAGGACAGCUGAGGAGAAGGAAGAGUGGAUUCAGGUGAUCGGGGCCACCAUGGAGCGCCACAAACAGAACAGCGAGACCUUCAAUAAAGCCUUCAAUAACUCCUUCUCACGGGAGGAUGAUCACGCUCCUGAAUCACCGUGUGCCUGGUCCAACACGUCCAUGGACUCAGACGGUGAACGGCUCCAUGAAAGGAAGAGUUCCAGGAAGAAGGAGAAAGAGAAACAAACGUGCAAAGGCUGCAGCGAGAACUUCAACUUCACCAAGCGCAAACAUCACUGCAAGUCGUGCGGAGGAGCAAUCUGCGCCAAGUGCUCCAAGACCUUGGACAACAAGACCAGCCGACUGUGUCCCGAGUGUUUCCAGGCCAGCCUGGGUCUGGACCUCCUGGCUGUGGGCGGCGAGCAGAAGAAGAAAGCAGCGCCUGAGAGACAACUUUCACUGACGGGGGAAAACUGCUUGCUGUGCGCUCACCUCCACGUGCAGGAGAAAGGAAAGACUUGGACUAAGAUGUGGGCGGCGGUCACGAAGGCGGAGCCUCUUGUGUUGUACCUGCAGAGUAGUGGACAGGAGCUGAAAGGUGCUCGGGCCGUUCCUCUGCCGGGGUUCGAGGUGACGGCGGUGUCGCCGUCGGCAAGCGAGAGGUCGGAGGUCAGACACGCCGUGCGGCUCAGUCACAGCCAGCAGACUUUGCUCCUCGCCGCUCAGGACGCGGAACUCCAGGCCAAGUGGGCGGAGUUUCUCGCCAAAGCGUCCCGAGGCGAAACGCCGGCGGAGCUUUUGACGAACCAGACAGAGGACAGGAAGAGCCAAUAGUGGACUCACGGACUCUAAGCCCCGCCCCCUCCCUCUCACCUUCCUCUGUAAAAGAGCACACCUUACUUGAAUUUGCUUACCUUGGCACUUUUUGUUUACCGGACACGACAAGGCCGUCCUUCCUGUACGCCACUUCCUCCUCGCCAUCAGCUCACCACCGCCACAUCCUCCUCGCCAUCAGCAAGUUGACCUUCAUGGAAAAACCGUUCAUUGUUCCAAAGCUGCAAAUUGUGUUGUUUUUUUUAAAAUAUUUUUCAUCUUGACUCUUAAAAAAAAGCAUUAAGUCCUGGUGUUCUUUUUCCAUCACGUGAAAGUGUGUGUGUGUGCGUGUGUGUGUGUGUGUGUAUGAAACAUUUUGAGAGUUGCGUGUCAUCGAUGUGUGUGUGCUGAGACACAGUAGCAGUUGAGUAGUAAUAUUAUUGUACAGUAAGUCUAUUAAAUUGUGAUGUAAGAAUAAGAAAGUACAUUUUAAGUUAAAAUAAAAAAUCAAAAAAUGAA